AUGUCGUACAUGGAGAGAUCCGGUACAAGAACUGAAGCGAAGUUUGAAAUGUUUGUUCUUCAUGGCGAAAUAUUCCUGCCGGUAUCGUUAGGUGCUGAUUUUGUGAUACAGGCUGGAGAUUUGAAUGUACACGUUGAAAGAACGGAUGAUGAUCAUGCUGUCAACCUUCGGGAAAUCUUUGAACUAUUUAAUAUGCGUAGUAGAGUUGAAGAACCCUCUCAUGUUUAUGGUGUUACCUUGGAUUUGGUUCAAGUUAAUUUUCCUUUGGUGUUCAAGUUGCCGGUGGUUAGAAAAAACUGCUUCGUUCAUGGAAUUGUGUGGACUAUAAUCAGUUCGCCACUUUAA